CGGCCCCAUACGUGCCCCGAUGUUCCAGUCAGCAUCCGAGCAUGGGAGAAACCAGAUCUCGCCAUUGAUGAUCUACCUACGACGUUUCUCUAACCGGUCGACGGGAAUCGAACGACGAUGAUCGGUGAUCGGUGAUCGGUGAUCGGCGAUCGGUGAUCGGUGAACCUCUAAGAUCGUGUACGUUCUCGUGUUUGUGCUCGUUUGAUCGACUCGUUGAUGACCAGUGUGCAUUGAAAGGCGGCUCGAUGGCCACCGUCGGAUUCCAGCCACGCUCAAUGGCGCUCGAAGCGGAAACCUCGCAAGGCACCACCUCCCCAGACACCGUCCAAUGCGGGGGUUGCAGGGCGUCCUACCCCCUCGGCGAGAUCGUGCGGUUCAUCGAGCACAAGGUCAACCACUGUCGCAGCACGCUUCAGGGUUGCCACAGUCCACCGGCAACGGCGGCUCCGGAGGAUUCCGAUCCGGAGGACGCCCUCGCCCUGAAGGCCGUCGAUCAGGACUCGAAGCUGAACUCCGUGCCCAGCAUAUCCGCUCCCAUCAACAAGCGGGGCGGGGGCAGGCUCGAGAGUCCUCCGACGCCUCAGGGCUCGGGACCGGAUGCUGGGAGCCCGAUCGAGUUGAAAGCCAGCGCCAGCUCGACGCCGAAAAGACGGACGGAGACCUCCGACGAGGAUAAAGAGGACCUCCCGAAGAAGCCGAAGAUCGAGUCCGUGGACGCGGACACGAACACAGUCAAUUCUGAACCGAGAUGGCUGCAGUGCUCGCAGUGUUCCAGAAGGCUGUCGUCGGCGUGGGAGCUGUUGCAGCACGUGCAGAGCGUCCACGGCGCCAGGCUCUACACUUCCCCGUCCGCCUCCACGAACUCGUCGUCGAACACGCCGGCACCGAGCCCGCCGACGCCCACCCCGACGCACACCCACCACCUGAGCCCGCCGAAUCACCUGAACCUCAGCGUAAAGUCGACAGGAAGCUCGUCGGUCGCGAAUUCCUCCGGCGGCACGAACUCGAGCGGCAGCAGCGGCACCCGACAACAGCUCCAAUCCUCCGCGUCCUUGGUCGGCGACCCUCUUCACAGCUUUUUGAGGCUACCUCAGCACCUGGAGCGCAGCUUUCCGCCGAUGUUCAGGCCAGACUUCCUGGCCCUGAAUCCACUGGCCGGGUACAGAGGCCUGCAGGAACUCCAGACCGCCACCAGGAACCUGCAGAACCUCGGCGACCCGCUGCGAGGCAUGGACGGCUUGAACCUCGGGGACCCUCUGGUCCGCAGCUCCCUGGAUUCGCUGAACAACGCCCGCAACCUGGCGAACCUCGCCGAACUGUCCCAUGGUCGCGGCCUCGCCGGUCAGGCACAUCCUCCUCCGCUUGAGGCCAACCUGGAUUUUUACUCGGCGCGCCUAAGGAGCCUCGCUAAUCCGUCCUUAGGCGCGGCUCCACCAAGUAGCGGGAACUCGACAACGAACUCUAAUCCCCCUGCCCCGGUGCCGGCAGUGCCGGUGCCGGCUGUACCGGUGUCAAGCACCGUCCAGCAGCAACAGCAGCAGCAACAGCAACAGCAACAACAACAACAACAACCGCAGCAGACACAGCCAGCUCAGAACCACGCGCAGACGGCAGAGCCGGCGAACCCGGCGACCAACAACACAGCGAUCAUCACGCACGCGAACCAUCAGAAGGAGAACUCGCCGCCCUGCUACAACCAGAGCCCGGUCGGCCACCACAACAACAACAACUCGACCGAUAGCGAGAAGACGAGCCCGCCGGUCGCCUUGACGCCGAUCAUCGCCGACUCGGCGUCCGAGACGAUCUACACGUGCGAGGUCUGCGACAAGAAGUUUCGAUUCCAGUCGAACUUGAACGUGCACCGGCGGAGUCACCGGGACAAGGAGAGGCAGUACCAUCAGGAAAACGCGAAAGACGGGCAGACGACGGCCGCCAGGUGCGAGGUCUGCGAGGUCGAGGUGGCCAGCUUCGUGGAACUUAGGAAGCACAUGAGGAAGGAGCAUCAGGAGAACCUGAACGCCGCCAGUCCCCAAGGCAGCCUGGACACCGUACCCGACGACGGAUCCAGCUGCGACGAGAACAUGGACCUGGACGAGGCGGAGGAGAUCCAGCCGAAGGCGGAGAGGGAGGACACCGAGGAGAACACGCCCGAGGAUCUGAGCACCACCCAAGGCCAGAGCGGCGAGGAGAGCGGCGGCCGCGUCGACCAGAAGCCUGUUAGCCUGGUCGGCGACCUUAUGGAGAAGUUCGGGUUGAGCAACAUCGCGCAGUACUCGGAAGCGUACCGGCAGGCGCUGCAGGAGAACCAUCGGGGCGUGUUCAUCAAGACGGAGUCGCCGUCGAACCUGACCAACUCGCUGAACAAUAACAAGGAGAAAGACAGCGCGCUGUCGCCCACGAACUUCAAUUCCUCGACCACACCUAACAUAUUCUCCGGUCAGGGUUUUCCCAGGUCCUCGGGGCCCGACUUCGGCGGCCUUUGGCUGCCGAGCCCGCACUAUCUGGAGAACAACGAGUUCCGCAAGGUGACCAAGGCCACCACGUCCAGCCUGGCGCUGCAGGGCCUGCCGAGCCCGUUGCUGAAGAAGGAGCGCAGCGGGAGGAACGACACGUGCGAGUACUGCGGCAAGGUGUUCAAGAACUGCUCGAACCUGACGGUCCACAGGCGGUCGCACACCGGCGAGAAACCGUACAAGUGCGAGUUGUGCUCGUACGCUUGUGCACAGAGCUCCAAACUGACCAGGCACAUGAAGACACACGGCCGCCACGGCAAGGACACGUACAAGUGCCGAUUCUGCGAGAUGCCGUUCUCGGUGCCCAGCACGCUCGAGAAACACAUGCGGAAGUGCGUGGUGGUGGUGCAACAGGGCCCUAAGCUUGGCAUGCCGUACCCGGCCAGUCAGGACGAGGACUCCUCGCUGAGCACGAAGGACACUUGAUCUUGGAACGGAAGCCUACCGCCGAUCCCGCCACUGUGGCCGCACAGACCGCCCUACCCGGUGUACUGAACAGGGGAUCUUCUUCCUCGGGAGAGCUGAACAGACACGGGGUACGAGUAGAGAAGCCAACAGGCUGGGGAACACGUGGGUGUCCGAUCAGAGACAGUGGGUCCCAAUCGUGGACCGAUGGACAUGGAUGUCGUCCGAUACCGAGGGAGUAUCGUGAUGCACAGGAUCUUUCCCGGACAGUCCGAGGUCGCCUCUCAGGAUCAGGAGAGAGGUGGUAGGUCGGCGAGGGUAUAACC